AUGCAAGUCCCAAAUGGCAGCAGCACCACCAUCACCACCAGCAGCGGGACGAAACGGGGCCGUCACGGCGCCUCCGCUCGUCCUCCAAGUGCUGCUGCAGCCGUGGAAAUGCUCGUGGACAGUACAGCGGAGGCCGUAAAGAUGCGGUUCUUGCAGUUCCUUUGUGGCUACGGACAGCCGCUCGAUGCAUCGACUGAGGCCUUGGACGAGUCCUCGAGUGGUCAACUGAAGUACCGCCAACAGGCCCAAGUGAUGCGCAGCACCGAGACGUCGUCGCUCUUUGUGGACUUUUCCCACGUGCUCGAGGUGGACGCGGACUUGGCGCACGCUCUGCAGGCGCAUUACUAUCGCUGGGAGCCGUACUUGCGCCGCAGUGUGUUUGAGUUCAUUCGCCUCGAAGAUGCCGCGUACACGGUGAACGACGACGCACGGAAGACGCAGCGCGAGUUUUUCGUCAACUUUUACAAUUUUCCACACGUCUCCCAUAUCCGGGAUUUACGGACGAAAUGCAUUGGCGAGCUGUUGUCGUUUUCAGGAACUGUGACACGGACGACAGAAGUGCGGCCCGAGUUGCUAUUUGGAGCGUUUACGUGUGGGGAUUGUGGUGGGGAUACCACUGGAGUUGAACAGCAGUUUCGAUACAGUGAACCGGUUAAGUGCCAGAACCCGUACUGUGUCAACACGUUUUCGUGGGAACUAAAUACGGAAAAGUCCGUGUUUGUGGACUGGCAACGUGUCAAGGUGCAGGAAAACAGUGAUGAGAUUCCGGCGGGUAGUAUGCCACGAUCGAUUGACGUGAUUUUGAGGCACGAGAAUGUCGAGCAAGCCAAGGCUGGAGACCGUGUUGUGUUUACGGGGACGCUGAUUGUGGUGCCGGACGUGUCCAAGUUUGCUCGAGCGGGCGGGGAGACUGCAGUGGCGACUCGCAAUAGUGGUCAGCAGUCCCGCCGUGGUGGAGAGAACAGCACUCAGGGAAUGCAGGGGGAAGGCGUUCGUGGCCUCAAGGCUCUUGGUGUAAGAGAGCUCACGUACAAGACGUGUUUUCUUGCUUGUAGUGUGCAGACGAUGGAGCAGCGCUUCAAUAGUAUCUCCAUUCGUAGCGAGUUCAACGAAGAUGGCGCAGAAGGAGACAAUGCUGGUGAGGCAACACUGCAAGAAUUUAGCGACGAAGAACUAUCGACAAUUCGAACAAUGCAACAAGACCCAGACCGGUACCUGAAGAUGGCAAAGUCGAUUUGCCCGUCUGUGUAUGGCCACGAUGAGAUACGCCGAGGUAUCCUGCUCAUGCUCUUCGGUGGCGUGCACAAGAAGACGAUGGAGGGAAUCAAGUUGCGUGGCGAUAUUAAUAUCUGUAUCGUUGGAGAUCCGUCCACAGCAAAGUCGCAGUUUCUCAAGUAUAUCGUCAGUUUCUUGCCCCGUGCGAUCUACGCGUCAGGAAAAGUGAGUUCAGCUGCAGGUCUCACGGCUUCUGUCACGCGAGAUGCAGAUAGUGGAGACUACUGCGUCGAGGCUGGUGCUCUAAUGCUGGCGGAUAACGGUAUUUGCUGCAUCGACGAGUUUGAUAAAAUGGAUCCGAUGGAUCAAGUCGCGAUUCAUGAAGCGAUGGAGCAGCAGACUAUCACCAUUACAAAAGCUGGUAUCCAAGCCACGUUGAAUGCACGAACGAGUAUCUUGGCAGCUGCAAACCCGUACAAUGGUCGAUAUGACAAGACGAAAACGCUGAAGUACAAUGUGAAUAUUUCAGCGCCUAUUAUGUCGCGCUUCGACCUGUUUUUCGUCAUUGUAGACGACGGCGACGAAGUCACCGACCAAAAAAUUGCCGAGCAUAUUGUCAAUAUCCACAUGCCAAAUCAUUUGCAAGUCGAGGCAACCGAACAUGGCGCGUACACGGAAGAAGAUCUCAAGCGCUACAUCAAAUUUGCACGCACGCUGAACCCAGUGAUCACGCCUGAGGCGAAGCGGAUGAUGGUGGCGUGCUACCGAAGCUUGCGCGAGAACGAUGUCGUGAGUAACGGGCAAACUAACAUUGCUUACCGGAUCACUGUACGCCAGUUAGAAUCGAUGAUUCGGCUGUCCGAAGGUUUGGCAAGACUUGACCUCAGCGAGACUGUGCUAGUUACACACGUACAAGAAGCGUACCGGUUGUUGAACAAGUCGAUUAUCCAUGUGGACACGCAAAAUGUCGAGCUGGAGAUGCCGGUUCCCAUGGCAGCCGAUAAUGACGACGAUCGAGGUGAUCACGACGAAGCUGGAGGUAGCAGCAACGGUGGAGCUGGGGACGAUGACGAUGGGACUAAUGACGGCAGCGGUGGAGGCGACCAGAGCUUUACUGGUGCACCUUCGGUUGCAGGGAGUGUAUCAACGUUUGAGAAUGGUACGCCAUUGAAGCCGAUGCAAGCCUCCGUUACGGCCUCGUCGCUCUCGUUUGAACGCUUUGCCAGGAUUCAGAAGGCCAUCGGUCGGUUUAUUCGGGAAAAAGAAGGAGAAGGAACAAGCGUCAAGCUUGCGCGCGAUGCGAUCCGUGCACAGACUGCAGCAAAUUCAGGAAAUAUGCAGCCGGAGGAUGAGGAGGAGGACUAUGACGAGGAAGCAUUUGGCGUAUUGCAAGGUGAACUCGUGACGUGGUACCUGUCAUCGCAAGAUAUUACGUCGGAGGCGCAGCUUUCGCGCGAGAAGCAGAUGAUCUGCUCGGUUAUUGACCGACUGUUGCAGGACAAGUUCUUGGCGGUUGUGGACAUGGAGGAAGACGACGAUGAAGGGGAUGAUGACGACGAAACGAUGCUGUCAAGCCAAGAUCAAGACAAUGUGGAUCGUGGAAAGACGGCGAAGAAGGGCAAACGGACGAAGAAGCUGUCUCCUGAAGAGGAAGAUGCGAAGAAGCAGCAACGGUAUUUAACAGUGCAUCCCAAUUAUGCCUUUGAGUAA